UUCUCUCUCACUCUCUGUUUUCAUUUCUCUGUCACUCAAACAACAUUUUGAUCAACUUAAUUUCAGUAAGGAAAUUCAUGAAAUGAAAGAAGAUAGAAUCAUAAUCGAACGUGUUAUAACGGUAGAGUAUUUGCAGUCAUCAAUGGCUACAAAUCUACUCUGUAAGUUCCCAGAUAACUCUGCUUUUGAUUUUGAUUACACUCAGAGUGGAAUUUGGUCUCCUUUACUUCAUCGUGGAGGUGGCCCUUUGGCUUUGAAGACAUCAAUUUCAGCUGAUGACAUACGGAGGAAACUUUUAGAUGAUGAUGAGAAGGAAAAUCUACUGAAUGGAAAUGAAAACAUGAUUACCAGCUGUAGUAAUGUAACGGAAAAGAUGAAGAACAAGAUUGGAGUGAAGAUGAUGAAAAUGAUGACGAAGAAGAUGAAAAAUAAGAACAAGAGCAGCUCAUCAUCACUGGAUCUAUCUAUAACUCCUAUGGCCAAAAAGGGAUUUACUCCUCAAAAGGGAUGGGAAAAGGUGUUGAGGGCAGCAUCAAAACAAUUCAAGAAACAAAAGUGUUUACCAUCUUCUUUGCAGAUGAAGUUUCCUAAAUUUCUCAACAAUUAGUUGUAUGAUGAUUGAUGAUGGUAAAAUGAAAUGAGGGGGGAGCUUUCUUUAAAUUUCUCAACAAUUAGUUGUAUGAUGAUUGAUGAUUAGUGAUUACAUUAAUUAUGGAUUAUCUCAAGAGUCAAGAACUAAUGUAUGAUGAUGAUAAAUUUAAUGAUAAUCAUCUCUUAUAUGAAUAGAGUAAAUUGUUUAAUAAGUAUAAUUUCCUAGAGGUUAA